UCUUUGCAUUGAACUACACACCUUCAAAACAUUCUCACUGAAGUUAGAAGAGAGAAGGCCGGAAGACACAUAUUUGGAACUUAAGGGCGUACGAGAUGAAUGUCUCUACACCGCAUCCUUUCCGGGACGCCAUGUCUACCAGCAGUUGUAGUUUCGAGGACCGUGCAGUGGACUUCAUUGGAAGAUGCUAUUUCACUGAAAUCUGCAAAUGUAAACUGAAAGACAUCGCAUGUUUAAAAUGUGGGAACAUCGUAGGUUAUCACGUGAUUGUUCCGUGUUGUUCCUGCCUUCUUUCCUGCAACAAUGGACACUUCUGGAUGUUUCACAGCCAGGCAGUUUAUGAUAUUAACAGACUAGAUGCUACCGGCGUAAAUUUCCUACUUUGGGGCAACUUGCCAGAGGUCGAAGAGAAUACAGAUGAAGACGCAUUAGAUAUCUCAGCAGAAGAGUGUAUUCGAUGAACGGGGUUAUGCUAUGUAUAAUAUUGACUUGUUUCUAUUUAAACCAUAUGUUAAUGGAUUGACUCGAAAAAAUAUUAGUAAGGAUAUACUACUGAUUUCUCCUUUUCAGGAAAAAAAUGAGACUUUUGUUGACGUAUUUAUCUGCUAUCUCAGAUGAAUUACCAGAAUUUAAUUUGAGCUAUGGCAGUUCAUUUUUUCUAUGGCUUCCUCUUCCUAUUUCCACCCUCCACCCGGUAUAGAUGUAUGCUUAAAUUCAGAUUGGAGAUUUUUUCAUGUGUCACUCAACUACCUCACCAUCUUGGGGAAUUUUUCUUACAACUAGAUACCAGCUACUGUUAAUUUUACAUUCUUGAAUAAGGGGCAUUGGUAUACAUAGACGGGUGUAUAUCACCCAAGUAUAAGCAUGUGUAUAACCAUUCAUGCAUAUGGCAAGCUCAACAGGGAAUUAAAGCUUAACAGGAAUUUUUUAAAAAACCAAGCUGAGGGGCACCUGGAUGGCUCAGUCGGUUAAGUGUCCGACUUU